GUAUGAGUUACUCCAUCUUCGUGCAUUCCUAAAUCCCCAAUUAGAGUGCUACAGAAUCUUGCCUUUUACAGACUUCCAAGAACCCCAUUUCUUUGUUUGCAUCACCUCGUAGAAACAAUGUCAUGCUACAACUAGCAAAUGCAAGAGAUUAUAUUAACAUUUACAGCCGAGGCCUUUGCGGUCUAAACUUUACUACACAAAUUACAGGCUCCUCCUCAGCUCCCUGCACCCGAUCAGCAUUCCUACCCUGGAGCAAAGCCUUUCAUCUGAUCCUGUGAGUGUAUACAAACUGCCUUCUAAACCCAUGUAAUGGCUCUCUGUGUGUGAGGACAGACAGGGGGAAUCUAGAUGAGCUCUGAAACAGACAGCUGACGAAUCAACAAAGCCUCUUUUUUUUUUUUUUCUGGAGUUUUAGAUUGGUAUCUGCCCAGGUGUGUGCAGUCUGUGCUUUUAGAUACUGGUGGUGAGACACAGCUCUUUAUGUCUUGAGACCUUGCAGUUUUUAAGUCUUGUAAUUACAAAAAGAUACAAAGAGCGUCACCUUAGGAUUAGUAAAUCUCUGCUUAAAGCCAGAUACAGGAACUCAGGAAAGUACAAUUAAAGAUCACAGAUGGGAGGAUUUCCAAGAGGGCUGUUCCAAAUGGCAAAAGUACACACUCUACUGGUCUUUACCCUGCAAGUACUCUACUCUUGCCAUGCAGACUCCACUUUUUCCAGUGGCUUCUUCUACCAAGACAUCUUGAAUGGAAGCGGGAAUGGAGAAAUUCAUUUCAAUGGCAUAAAACUGCGAAUUGAAGCUCAGCCACACUCUGUGUUUGCUGUGAGGGGCAGUAAUGUCACCCUGCCCUGCCAGUUCUGGUACGAGCCUCCAUUAAUCAGCCCUCGGAGGGUGAGGGUCAAAUGGUCCUUGUUACUACACUCCGGGGACGAAGCGUCCAAUGUGCUUGUGUCUAUUGGUCACCGUGAACGAAGCUUCGGAGCAUUUAAAGAUCGAGUGCAUCUUCAGAAGGAUGUCCAAGGAGACAUUUCACUCAUUAUCACCAAUGUGAGCCUGCAGGACAGUGGACAGUAUCGCUGUGAGGUUAUUGACGGGUUGGAGGAUGAGAGUGCAACAGUGAAUUUAGGGUUCAGAGGAGUGGUGUUUCCCUACCAGCCUCAUCAUGGCCGCUACAACCUAGCCUUCAAGGAAGCCCAAAAAGCCUGUAAUGACCAAGAUGCUGCUGUCGCCACAUUCGAUCAGCUCUUCGCUGCAUGGCAGGGAGGGCUGGACUGGUGUAAUGCUGGCUGGCUGGCAGAUGGCACAGUGCAGUACCCCAUUGUCCAGCCUCGACAGCCUUGCGGAGGCCUUGAUCUGGCUCCUGGGUUACGCAGCUAUGGAGCCAGGCAUAAACAUAGAAACCGCUAUGAUGUCUUCUGUUUUACCUCCACUGUUAUGGGACAAGUGUACUUCUUGCAGCAUCCUCAGAAGUUCAACUUUACCAUGGCAGUCCAGGCCUGUAUUGACGAUGGUGCCCAGAUUGCCAAAGUUGGUCAGUUGUUUGCAGCAUGGAAGUUUUCAGAGCUGGACCAAUGUGAUGCAGGAUGGCUAGCAGAUGGAAGCCUUCGUUACCCAAUCAGCAACCCUCGCCCAAACUGUGGCCCUCUGAAGUCAGGGGUCCGUAGCUUUGGCUUCCCUUUGCCAUACCACAGACACGGUGUAUACUGCUAUAGAUCUAGGUAAAGGAUCUUUGAGACUUAGUGCCUGUUGAAUGUGAAAUAAGAGGUACAACAGCCUUCUAUCUAACUGUAUGUUUGGACUUUUCUAAGAACUUGAAUGAGAAGAGAUGGAAGGACAAAUCUGAUUGACAAUUUAACCUUACACAUUGUCCAGAUAUAAUUGAGAUUCUGCCUCAGAUUGAUUUGAAUAGCUUAGGUCAAUAGGAGAAAUAUUAAUUAUGUACAAGUACCUAGUUCAUAAUUUCAGUGACAAAUUAUUACAACAAGAGCAUAUGGACACGGUGUUUUCCCAAUUAAAUCCCAUCUGAUUAAACUAAUUUUAGCUGCAGAAAGAUCAGACAUUUAGGCCAGUAACCCCCUACUUUUACUAAUACAUUAAUUAAUAUUAAUUACUAAUGCACUAAUAAAUUUUGCAUUAUUCAUGAAACAAUAUUUACCUUACUAACUUCACAAAAAUAUCAAGGCACACUAGUACUAAUACAAAAACCAAAUUGUUCCCUGAAAAUUAUUUUUAAUUUCCAAUUUAUAAAAAGACAAAGCUGCUUAGAUUGAUCCAGCAUAAGUUUCUUAUCAUUAGUCACAGUAAUGGUUAUGUGUUUUCAGUUAUAUCAGGUAAAUAUUUCU